AGUUUGCAUCUUUAAUGAUUCUUGCAUGCUUAUUUGAUUGAAAGUUUUGAUUUUUAGGGUGUAUUCUUGAGUUUUUGAUUAUGGGUUUUUGUCAUUUGAUUGGUUUCAAGGAUCUGCUUACUUAUUCAGUUAUGUUAUGUAUUAAAAAUUGAAUCUUUGUAAGGAAUUUUCUUGAUCUGGAUUGUUGGUUUUUCUACUUGAAUCAAUGAGCUGUCCAUAGAUGUUUUUUUUUUUGUGUGCGUGGUGUUUUGCUUUGCUGACAAAUCCCUGCAUUUGCGUUAUUGGGAUUGUAUUUAUCCAUAAAAAGACAUUGGCGUUACUUGGAUUUGCUUUAAUUAAUGAUCGAAACUGAUGUUGAACCAAAUACAGCUAUAAAUUUCUUUUUUCCCUGCUUUGGAUGAUUGAAAAUUUCUCUUUUUGUAGUUUCUUAAUUUGCCCUGAAUUUAUGAGUUUUGAUAUUUUUCUCUUUGGGGGAAAAUUUGUUGUUCUUUAUUAAUUUUCUGCAGUGGAUAUCAGUCUUGUGAGGAAGAACAGAGGGUAGAUCCAGAUCAGAGCAAGGCCGCGGAACUUGUGCUUUUAUUGGGUUGAAUCUGGACGACAUGUUAGAAGACCGGUCUUGUUUGGUGUCAAGGGAUUAUCGGACAGAAAGUAACUGGGCAGCUUGCAUGAGUUAUCGCCUUGAUAGGAUUGAGGUCCAGCGUGGCAAAAGGCCAUUGGAAAAUGAUGAGGAGAGUGAACAUGUGCAAUGCAAGUUGCCAAAGCAGUCCGAUGCUUUCAACCGAGUGGAAGGAGUGGCUCUAUCCUUGGGCAAUUCUUCAGCAUCCCCUGAUGAGCAAGCUGACAAUCAGCGUCAUGCUGGGGAUAAUUCUGAUUCGAGCUCGCUUAUUCAUGCAAUUGGCCGUGACAACUCCAUCAGUUGUCUCAUUCGUUGCUCUAGGUCGGAUUAUGGCGCCAUAGCAUCUUUGAAUAGUAGCUUUCGCUCAUUAAUUAGGAACGGUGAACUUUACAGAUUGCGGCGGCAAAAUGGUGUGGUUGAGCAUUGGGUUUAUUUCUCCUGCCAGCUCCUUGAAUGGGAAGCUUUUGACCCUACUCGCCGCCGUUGGAUGCAUCUGCCAACUAUGAAUCCCAAUGAAUGCUUUGUGUUCUCCGACAAGGAGUCUUUGGCCGUUGGC